AUGAAACGAAACGAGCGUUGCUGCCAAACGAGAUAACUUCUAUAGAUACUGUCAAAGCACUAUUUGUAAGAAGUUUUCCCAAGCAAUUAACGAUGCAGUACAUGGACAGUCCACUAGUGAAGAUCUACAUCCACGAUUCUUCGAAAGAUAUGUUCUAUGAACUAGAAGAUGACAGGGCCCACCUACGGGACAUUCGUGAUCGUUCUGUUUUGCGUCUCUUCGAGGCGACGGAUAUUGGCGGUGGAGCAUUCCCUGGUGCUGUUGGCGUUGGCUCCCUCACCAUGCCUCCGAACGCCGCCCCACCCUGCUCAGGCCCUUCAAGCUGGGAUCAAGACCAGAGCUACUUCAGCGAGCCUGAGAUUGAUUCCGAGUACCACCACCAGCAUGUGCAUAAGACUAAGGUAAAGGCACCCGCUUACUACAUCGGUGGGCAGCAGCCGAGCACGCUGCCGCGCGGGGGAUCCAUGCUCCGAGCCUACUCGCCGGCCGCCCCGCCCGUGCCCGCUGACCGUGUAAAAUCCCAUUCCGCCUCAGGUCCUACUGCGCCGGCCAAGCCGUUGCGCACGUACAUCCCAGGGAGUGGGUCAGAACGCUGUUUCCCCUUCGCUGCGGCCGAUUGCACUCGGGGCCCCGAACAACUGUACACGAUCCCCGGCCAUGCCGACGGGUACAUGUCAUCCCCUGAACGCGGGGCUGCCAGGACUCCUUACGAGGACCCCUACUACUCCCAGUACCUCGGCACUGCUGCUGGGAGGCCGAACAUUGCUCCCAUCAUUGAUGAGGAGACCGGGGAUGCAGUGAUCAUUGAUGAUGCGUACCAAAUGUAUGGAAACCCCAUAGCUGGUGCUCCGCGACCGAUGCCUCGCCCUCUGUACGAUGUCAGGCCACAAUUGGAUGACAUGCAACGUCUGCGCGUUGAGAAGAUGGAGAGGCAACUGGCCAAUUUGACGGGACUCGUGCAAAAAGCCUUGCAGGUCCCCAACCAACCACCAGUGCCCACCGCGGCGGCCGCCCCGCGAGCUGAGUAUCAACCCUACCACGUGCGCCCAGCAGCGCAAGAUGCGGCAAGAUUUACCGGCACCGAGAGACCUCCUAAAUUAGGCAGGGAUAAAUUUCAAAAAUCUGUCUCAUUUGAGAAAUCAGUAUCAUUUAGCGAUGAUCCUCCAGAUAUGAGCUCACCAAAGCAGCAUUCACCUCAGCAUACAGAACGAGAUCGCCUGAAGCCGGCUCCUCCGCCGAAGCCUGCAGGUCUUGCUAGCCAGCAGCUUGCUCUGAUACCCCAGAAAACGUGCACCAUCAACGUGUCUUCGGACUUCCCGGGGCAACUUCGUCUGCUGCAGAAGCAGAGCCGUGACUUGCGCAUUGAGACUCGCAAUAUGCGCCGUUCUACUCUGAGUCACGCCAUGCAAAUGAGACAGCUCAUGGGCGACGCAAUUGUCAAGAUUGGAGCUAUUGCUGAAAGCUUCUCUGAGCUUGACCCGAACUCUCAACUCUGCCGUGAGGAAGAGAUCUACCGGCAGGACAUGCUGCUCCUGGAGAAUGACCUGUAUGAGCUGGAGGCUACCGUCGAGCGUCUCCGUGGCCAAGCCGCUAACAGGGAGACUCGCGUCAACAUGGCCGACAUAGAGCGUAUCGCCAUGGUUCUCUCCAAGAGCAGCAAGACCGUUGCUGAUUGGAAACUCAAAUUUCCAAUCCUGCAGGACACGAUGAAGACUAAGCUCGCUUCUGAGAUGGAGAAGGUGGUCCGCAAGGAAAAAAUGCUCGAAGAAGAGCCAGAGCGCUUGGAGCUUGCCUUGCGCCGCUGCAAGAAGCUGACUGGCACGCUUGUGACGUUGAAGCGCCUUGCUUGCGUCCAAGAACAGCGUCUGCCACUGACUGAUGGUCGCGUCUCUCCAGUAUCGUCUCAGAGCUCUUCGUUCACGGCUGGACCGUCAUCCGAAGAAUGCGCUUCGGAUAGCUCAUGCCCCAAUGCUAGCUCUCACAACAAGGGCACCGGCGGCGUGUGCGUCGGGCGAGGAGGAGCGAGCCGGGGAGCGGACGUGCGGCCAGAAAACGCCCUCGAUGCGCUACUAGACGAACUGCAGACGUUCGCGAAGCCGGCGGAGCGCGGCGGGCGCGGCGAGGGUCCCCUGCGCCGCCUGCACUCCUACCCCAGCGGCAGCGACACGGACGCUUCGCCGCCGGUGCGCGCGCGCGGCCAGCACCCGCCCAAGCCGCCCGUACCCGAGCGCCACCCCGAGCUGCUCGCGAUGGCCGCGCGCCGCGCACCGCCACCGCCGCCGCCGCGCACCACCUCGCGCUCGCCGCUCGCCUCGCCGACUUCGCCCGCCUCACCUCCUCGCUGCGAUCCCGACCCCUGCCUUCUAACCCUGCACCCCUCCGAAACUUCUGACGACGACAAGGCCACCAGUCGAAACACACCCCUUGAACAACGACAUCAAGAGCUGCUGAAGAAACAAAAGGCGCUGCAAGAACAGUACGCAAGGCUGCAAAUGAUACAACGGAGCGGUCCCACGUUGCCACCCACUGCACAGCCUGACCUCAAAAAGACAGGCAGCGAGUCCAACUUGUUGAGUAAGAUGAACUUGAACAUAGCGCCGGCCGCAUCCGGCAGCAUGACGCACCUAGCCGGCGACCACGAACGCCACGCUGACGGGACAAUGACCACCGAGAAGGGCAGACUGCCCGACACUGUGGCCACUACUAAUAAGGUUUACGAGACUGACAUACUGUGACCUUGUAGUCGAUGCUUCAUAUCUGUUUAAGAGAUCACGCGCAUAAUGCGACGAGACUGUCGCGUUACGGGUCUAUUACCAGUAUUUAUAAUAAACGCGUCGUACGUACGUACGAGCCGUGCCACCGCCGCGUCGAUAGGCCGCGGCCCGCCACUACCGGCUGGCCGCGCUCCGCACCGACCGCCAGCAUAGGCACCGACUACAGAAUGCGCGAGGGCUCCUAUUUAUACAUAAUAUUGUUAGUAAUUAAUUGUACUUAGUUUUUUUACGUUAGGUACAUGAAGUUUGCUAAUUUCUACUAGAUUUGUUACCUAGUUUUCAUACCUGUCGUCAUUAAGUUUGUAUCCCGCAUGCUUUUUUCCCAAAACGACGACUUUCAAGCAAGUUCAACGGAAAUAUGAAAUAUUUUAAAAUAUUGGAAAAUAAUUAAUUGAUGAUCAAAAUAACUAAAAAAAAAACAUACUUAUUAACUUAUAGGAACACUAUAUAAUCAUUAUAAUGAAUGUGUAGCCAGUAAUAAUAAUCCAUGAUAGAAGUAUUCACGUGCACACUGCUCUGUCUUGCAAGUUAUGUCGAUUCGUUCUGCGCGCAGAUAGGUACCAGUUUCGAACUCUACUUAUCAAUAUAUACCUAUAUAUAGAUCACUUUAAAAGUAACUAUACUUACCCUAAUUUAGCUGGUAAACAUUUUCUUAUAAUUGUAACGACUAACACUAAGUCCUUUAUAUACCGAGUGCCAAAAUUUCUAUUCUGCUCUAAACACUGCGUUUUCGGAAAUAAGCAACGAUAUUUAAAAAUCGUAGAAUCGUAUGAGAUCUGUGUAUAUGAGAAGAUCUUUACUUAUUAUUCUGUAUCAGAGAAACGUCAAUAAAAUGAAAUUUUACCGAUCAAAAACAACAUCUCUUUAGUAACUGACCGGUUUGACUAAAAUGCAAAGAAUGGUCUAGUGCUCAGCAUAUAUACAUAUAUAUAUAGAUAUAUCACACUGUAUACAAAUGGGUUAACCAUAUAUACCCUUCCAAAGUUUCUCAAUGUAUAUACCUCUAAGUGUCGGCACAAGCAGUAUAUAAAGAUCAUUUUGUAUAUACGGACCUCUAAACACUUAUAAAAUAUGGUUCCUCGAUACGCCAUCACAUACAACGAACUGAUUGUUGUAUAGUAAACAUAUAUAUGUUACAAAAUUACUUACCUUCUACUUUUUAGGAAACUAUUUAAUAUUCUUGACGGCUCAUUAAAAGAUAUUUAUGUAUAUUUGGAAUAUAAUAAUCGACUGUGAUAAGAAAAAGUUACCUAAUUUAAAUGCAUAAGAAUUGAAUUUUUACUACAUUCUAUAUAAUAUCGUGGCUAAUUUCCUAACUAAUAUUUUAUUUGUAUGUCCGUAUGUUACCGUCUUCGCUGCGACUUUUUAUACACAACUCAAUACUCGCAACCGUCAACAAUAUUAGAUAAUUAUAUACUGCCACACACUGUUAUCAUGAAACCUAUCAAUUAUAUGCAUAUUGGUCAAAAUUAGCGAAAAAAAAAUUAUAAAUUGACUAUUACUGUAUAAAAUAAUCUUAUUUUUAGAUUCGAAUUAUAUCCUACAUUAGAAUGAUGUAAUAGUUCUAGAUCUUUAGUCAUAGUAUGUAUAGGGUGUCUGGAUUUGAACCUGUAGCAAUUUCGCAUAUAUACGAGGUUAUUUACCAAUUUAUUUGAGUUAAAUAGUUUGGGAUACUAUGUAGUAGUAAGUAUGAAGUAAUUCUUAUGCUUUAUUUACUGCUAACCAAAGUUUUACCUUCAACUGGUAAUAUUUUGUGCAUUAUUAUAUAUUUACAGUCAUAGAAAGGUAUCAAAAAUACCUAGAAACUUUCAUCACAAUAGUCAAAAGAAUAAAAUUGAUAAAACUAAAUUUUUAUUUUAUAAUUCAAAUUCAAUUUGAAUUAGUAAUUAUCGGCAAAUGUUCAUGACUUCCAGAGUAAUAUAAAAUAAUGAAAAUAAACUGAAGUAACGAUCAUAUUCAUGUAAAUAAUGAAAUCAUCAAUGACGUAUAAAAAUUUAAUUAUGUUCCUACUUAUCAACAAAAAUAAAAUGCUUAAAUUAAUAAUAUAUCGUCCUUCGUAUACCAAAUUGCUAUAUUCGGAUCUAAAUCCUGUCACCCUAUAUAUAAAACUCAUUUUCGCGCUUUUCCAAAGUACGUUGCAAAAUAUCACUUAAAUACAAGCACUGGGAACUUCGCAAGACAUAAACUAAAAAAAAUACUAUUAUUUAUAUAUAUAUUAUAUAUACAUGUGUAUAAUUGAUUAUAAUUUUACGCUUUUUGAGCCUAAAUAAAUCACUAUACUUCAAAUGCAUUGAAAUAGAAAAAAAAAUAUUGUGUAGAAAAUAUUAUAAGGUGUUAAAAAUACUUUUAGGAUUUUGCGAGUCUCCUUAGUAUCAUAAUAUCUAGAAAGCAUAGCUACAAAAUUAAGAAAACCUACUUAAUUGGGAUGUUGUAAAAAAACAUUGAAUUCGAUUUCGAGACUGCAUUGAUCAGUUUCCGUGCUGCCUACGCACGAGCCAUGACCUCAGCUCAUUACGGUUAGAUUAGUCGACAUCAUCAAUGAAGACACAAAAUAUCCACUGCGGAACAAACGCUUCUCUCGGUAUAUUACAAAUUACUUAAUUUUGUAAAAAAAAUACUCCUUUUGCUGACCUAAAGAUCUAUGAAAAUGUCGCAUAUUUUUAAUAGGUUGGUCUUCCGAUACUUAGUGCGCUCCCAAAAUCUUAAGAGUUAAUUUUAAACACUGAAUAUAUUUAAAAUUUCGAAAAAUAAGCUUAGUCAUUGUAAACGUAUCUAUGAAUAAAUAGGACAUUAAGGAAUUGUCUUUAUUUCACAAUUUUUAUUUUUAUUUACGGUAACGUGCCAAAUCAUGCUUCUUUUAUAUUUGUGAGUAUUUUUCUAGUAUUUUUACUUAGUUCAUUUACCCAUUUUUGACGAUGUUUAAAGCGAAUAACUUUGACAUGUUUUAUAGCUAUUUAUAUUAAUUUAAAUCUUUUGUAGAUUAAUAAUGGUUAUCUGCGAAUGAUUUUAGC